AUGCAGGCAACCGCACCCAAUCGGUUUACUAUCGGUGCGGCGCAGUUUCCAAACCCCGCGGACACCAGGGUCUGGCGGCACACGCCGCUGUGGCCCGGCAGUGACCCGACCGUGAGCAUCAGCUAUCAGCAGCAAGCUGAUGGCCUAAAAGCGUUCCUGCUGCUGGCCAACAUCGUCAUCGUCAAGGUGACGCAUGCUUUCCGGAUGUUUGCGGCGCGCAACCUGGACGAGCAGGGCUGUGACGAUGGGCUCAUCGCGCGGCUGGGCCGCUGGCUGCGCACAGCGCUGUCGCUGAGCUACCUCAAGUUCUUCAAGCCUGAGGGCCUGCUGGCAGCCGGCGGCUGGGUCAAGGACAACCCAGCAUCCUUCUUCGCUGAGCGCUUCUGCAUCGCUGUCUCGGACAGCCUCAUCCUCAUCGUAUUCCCCUUCCUAGCUGCGCUGCGCAACCAGGUGCUGGCGUACCUGGCUCAGGUGGUGGUGCAGGACGCGUGCGAGCUGCUGAGCAGCGAGGAGACAGAUGUGCGGGCGGCCGCCGAGGCGAAUUCCAUCCACAGGUUUCUGCUGCAGCACCAGGAGUUCAGGGACGUGCUGACGCAGCACCAGGAGAAGCUCAAGGCUGGCGCAUAUGACUACCUGCGGCCGGUGAGCACCCGCGAGCACGUCCAGCAGCUGCGCACAGAGCUGGCUGGCGUGCGGACAAUGAUGGAGCAGCAGCAGGUGCAGCAGCAGGUACAGCAGCAGCUGAUGAUCAACCAGCUGCAGCUGCAGGUGCAGCGGCCGCCGCGCUCGCUGGAUGAUGAGGCGCAGGAGCAGCAGCGGGCGUUUGACGCAAUCCAGGCGGCGGCCGGCGCCGCGAAUCCCGACGGCCUGACAGAGAUGGACAGCGAGGAAGAGGAGGAGGAGCAGGAGCAGCUCGCGGUCGCCACUGCAGGGGCCAGGCGGCAGCCCGCAACGCCACUGCGAGAGCAGCAGCAGUGGCGUGAGGAGGGUGUAUCGGAUGGGACGGCGCUGGUAUCGGACCUGGCCCCGGCAGCGCAGCAGCAGGCUGAGCCCUAUUUCAAGGAGGGGCAGAGCACAGAAGGGGCGGCUCUGCCAAGGGGACAUCUGACACCCUCACAGCAGCCUUGUGAGCAGCAGCUUGUUCAGCAGCAGGCACGCCAGCAGCAGCAGCAGCAGCAGCAGCAACCGCGGCAGCAGCAACACGCCAAUGCGCCUAGGGUGGCCUCCGCGAACGACGCAGGGACACGCGCGGCGCCGACGCAACUUGCGCCACCUCAGGCGCAACCGGAGCAGUGGCAGCAGCUGCAGAGGGAGCAGCAGCGGCAGCUGCAGCAGUGGCAGCAGCAGCUUGAACAGUGGCAGCUGCGGCUGCAGUCGCAGCAGCAGCAGCAGCAGCAGCAGCAGCAGCAGCAGCAGCAGCAGCAGCAGCUUGCUUUGAACAACGCCAGCGCUGCUGCGGUCCUAGCAAGUGAGGGGCGCCAAUCGCUUAUCCCCACAACGGACAGCAUGGCGCACCUGGGCCCGGGUUUUGGCGGCUUCGACGCUGGGAACCUCGGCACGUCGAAACCUAACGGCAUGAAUGUGUGA